UUCAUAUCACGUUUUGGAACACGUUUCUGUUUCUCGAUGUAACAGUGCGCCGCAACACGUCUGCAACAAAAUGGCUUCUCAGGUCGUCAAAAUGUGGAAAAUGCCAAUACAAUAGUUGAGGUCAUGCGUUCGGCAGUGAUGUGGUAAUGGAAGAUGAAUUUGGCAUUGUGAAGAGCACCUGUUCCAUUACCUGUGAUUUACAUGAGCAGCCAGUGAAAUUCUUGGCGCCGUCAAGUUACGUGGCGCCAUAUCCAUGAGACCUCGAUCCAGUUGAUAUUCAUAUGCUGGAAGCAGCCUGAACCUUAACCAUACCUCAGUGGAAGGUUUGGUCGAAUCAGGUUUUGCACUUUUUGUCAAUAGUUCAGUUUCCAUAGUAACAAUGGAACAUCCAGAUACAGGUGAAAUGGACCAGAAUAUCAACGUCAGUGAAUCUGAUGUUGCCCAUGCAAAUUAUUCUAGCUCCCACGUGUCCAAUAUCAUUUCACAGAUGAUCAAUGAUAGUGAACCUGAGGACACAGCAUCGUCGUCUGGUGGUGGCGGUGGUGAGGUUGAGACCGAGAUCAUUGAUGACACGGGUACCAAGUGUCAUGUGUGUACUGUCUGCCAGAAGAUCUUCUACAAGCCGUAUCUCCUUCGUGUUCAUAUGGUCAGUCAUACUGAUCUCAAGCCAUAUGAGUGUGACAUAUGCCAUAAAACAUUUCGGCACCCGUCAUCUUUGUCCAUCCAUAAAAAGAUGCACACAAGAGAAGGUCUCGUGACUUGUGAAAUCUGCGAGCAAUUGUUCACAAGUCCAUCGAAACUGCAGCAACAUAUGCAGAGCCACAUUGCCAAACCGAGAGCAAGACGUGAGAACGGGCUUAGCUCUCCCUCAGAAGCGACAGAACACUUAUCCGAAACUGAGAGACUUUCAGCUAUAAAAGCUUAUGGUGUCGAGUCUUUAUAUUCGAAUAUGUCAAGUGAAAAAAGUUUGGAACAGAAAAAACAACAUGAAUGUGAUGUUUGCCAAAAGGUUCUGUCGUCAGCUUCGAAUUUGAACAAACAUAAAAAGGUCCAUACAAGAGUAAAAAACAUGUGUACCCUUUGUGGCAUGACGUUUCCUUUCACGACUCAGUAUGACAUACACAUGAGGCAGCACAAGGGCCUGAAGACCCAGGAGUGUGAUGUGUGUGGGAAGUUGUUUCUAGAGCCCGGCAAACUGAGGAUUCAUAUGCGUGUUCACAAUGGCGACAAGCCGUACAGGUGCGAUGUUUGUGGCCAUGCUUUCUCACAGUCAGGUAGUCUGAAGUUUCAUAAACUCAAACAUACCGGGGAGAGUCCUUAUGCCUGUAAGCAUUGUGACAAGAUGUUUCGGACCCCGACUAGGCUGAAAGAACACGAGCGACUACAUACUGGAGAGAAGCCGUUCAGCUGCGAAGUUUGCUCCAAGUCUUUCAGGACAUCCAAGAUGCUCAGGAGCCAUAUCUUCACUCACGAGAAGGAGAGUAAGGCGAGUCAGGAUGAGUCCGUGUCAGGGUUGUGUAAUCCUGGUGAUGCAGCAGCAGGUAGUCCUGGGAACAGUUCUGCGGUCUUCGUGAUGGAGAGUUCAAAGGACACCCUGGCAUCAUCUGACCCUGGAGAGGAAUCGUUGAUGUCUGUGUCCGACUCUCAGUUGUCCUGCAGCCCUGCUGGGGACAUGAAGGGCUCGGCUGAUCAGCGACAGACAUCAUGGGAUAAUACGGAUGAUGGGAUGACGGGAUCUGAAGAAAAUACCGACGACGGGUUGUCGCAUGGUCCGAUGUCCGGGUCAUCAGAUCGACCAAACAUGACCAGUUCCGCAACGGAGAAGUUAUGGAGGUGCGACAUUUGUGACAGAGUGUUUACAUAUCUGUCCUACCUUGAGCGACACAAACUUGUUCAACACAGCGAUGGCAGGAAGUACUACUGUAAGCCCUGCGACAGGAUUUUUAAGUCGCUCAUGGCCUUCCAUGGCCACAAGUCUUUCCAUACUGGAGGAGGGAAAGCCAACUGUGAGGUUUGUGGGAUGGAGUUCUCCAACAGCCGGAGCUUGAACAACCACCGGAGGGUUCACACCAAGGAGGAGUAUACUUGCGGGGUGUGUGAGAUGAGCUUCGCUGAGGUGACAGAACUCCUGACUCACAUGGAGGAACAUGGCAGUUCCUCCUGAGCCAGGAAUAUGUGUUGAUGAAGUCAGUUUGCUGAUAAUGUUUCUUUGUUGUUUGUUUGUUUGUUGUUUAACGCCGCACUCAGCAAUAUUCCAGCUAUAUGACGGCGGUCUGUAAAAUAAUCGAGUCUGGACCAGACAAUCCAGUGAUCGACAUCAUGAGCAUCGAUCCACGCAAUUGGGAUUGAUGACAUGUAUCAACCAAGUCAGCGAGCCUGACCACCUGAUCCUGUUAGUCGCUUGUUUGCUGAUAAACAAUAGGAAAAUGAGUGAACCUGAUUACCGUAUUCGAUGUAAUAAGCACCCACUGCGAUAUUUUCUAAUAUAUUGGCUAGUGAACAAUCCCAAUUAGCACCCCUUCCGAUUGAUCAAUGUACACAGGACU